UCAUUUUCAACAAGAGAGGAGUCCACUGUUUAUAAAAUACUCCUUGUUCACCGUUCUCUUAAACCUUUUCAUCUGCUCUUGAGUUAUCACCACUAACUACAAUUACGAGUGUUACAGCAUCAUCUCUGCUUCAAACUUUUUCUUUCACAAGAAAACUUUCAGGGAUGGGGAAUUCCUUUCUCCUUGAUUUCAAAGUGUCUGAUCGUUUCUACAUAUGCCGUAUCUGCCAAACCCACGUCGCUCUCUGCCAAGAUUUCAGCCUCAAUUACUCGCCAGUGACGGGGGUGAAUGGAGGUGUAUUUGAUGAAGUGGUGAAUUUGCAUGUAAACGAAGCAGAGAAGCAGAGGCAACUUGGUCCUCACACGAUAGCAGAUGUCUACUGUAACAAAUGCAACAAUCUGCUGGGAUGGAAAUUUAUUGAAGUAUUUGAAGAGGAUCCAAUCGCAAGAAAAGAGCUGGUUAUGUUGCAAAUGGGGAAGCUGCAGGAAAGGAAUGGAAACCAAAUAGAAGAAGCAGUGGAACCUAAAGCAACGAGGAGCAUCAGUAAUUGAAGAAAUAUAAAACCACCAUAGAAGAUUCUUGCAAGGAUCUCUCUCGAAGAAAUCAAUUAACUUCUAAAAGAGAAAAUUCGGAUGGUCUUUACUUUGUAAUUUCCAUACUUUUCAUAAGCUUUUUCUAAAAGAGAAAAUUCGGACGGUCUUUACUUUGUAAUUUCCAUACUUUUCAUAAGCUUUUCACGUUUCCUCUAUGUACCCUGAUAUGGCACUGCGACGUUCCACACCUGAACAAAAGAAGGGAUUCCUACACUAGUUUCAUUUUUGCUAAAAGGGGGUUAUACACCAGUUCUAAACUACUGAUACACAAUUCGGCGAUGUUUUAUGUUGAAACUGGUGAUAGUAUUGUUAUCAGGCUGCAAGAUUGUAGCCUCUGAGUACGGAUUUAGUGCUGUUUAGCAUCAGUUAUUGUAUGAAGUUGCAACUUUGAUUGAACAACACUAAGGGAUUCAUCCACUAGUUUCUUUUUGUUAAAAGGGAUUUAUACACCAGUUUAAACUAGUAACACACAAUUCGGCGAUGGUUUCUAUUGAAACCGCGAUAUUAUUGUUAUUAGACAUCACGACUGUAGCUUCUGAAAAGGGAUUUAUACUCUGAUUCUAUGGAAUCAAAAUUUCAUUCCUAAACUCCAUAACCAGGAUGACCCAUUGUAGUCUAUUCAACUUGGCUUUAUAUCCUCAUAUUUAUCCCGGUUCUUUGAUCUGAACCGCUAUGUUUUAUUUUCGUGAACCUGAUGAAGCUCCAAAACUGUAACUACACCACUCAAUAAUCAAGGACCAACCUGGCUCAUAAGCACAUUUUCCUGCGUUCCCAGCCUUGGUCAAAUAGAUUAACAUGAAGGCGUUGUAUUGGGGAGCCAGGGGUUGCCUGUAGUUUUUUUUUUUUUUAAAUCAGGUAAAAGUAUUUAAAAGAAAGGUACCGAGACGGUAUACUAAAUUACAUCUGAAACAGACAGACCCUACAAGAGUAACGGAUUACAAUUUUC